UUUCACCUUUAAUUUAACAGAGACAUAAUGGGCACUCUCCAUUUCUUGACACUUCUCCAUCAUCAUCCAUUAAUCCUGCAACUUCUCCCUGUUCUAUGUAUAAUCUCAAUCAUCCCCUUUUCUGCAUCAGAGAUCCAGAACACUCGAAUUGUUCAAGAUGCAAGGCCAAUGAUCCUAUUCGAAAAAUUCGGGUUUGCAAGAUUUGGUCAUGUCUCAAUUUCAAUUAAAGGUGUUUCAUGGAGAUCAAAACACCCAAAUGCAGAACUAAAUCCAUCUUCAAUGGGAUUCAUCUUAUUAAGAGAAUCAUCAUAUGAUAUGAUCUUGAAUGAGUCUGAAUAUAACAACCAUUUCUGUAUUGUAUCAAGCCAUUAUGUGAAACAACUCUUUAAAUUUGAUCAACUCAGCUUGAAUUCCACUUACAAUGUUACCAUUAUUGUUGAUGAUCCUGAUCAAUACAGUUUGGUUUUCGGAAAUUGUCAACCCGAAUUCGAAGUAUCUAUGGAUGUUCAUACCCAGCUGUAUAAUGUGAAGAAUGGUAGAAAGAAUUUCUUACCUGCAGGGCAAACCCAAUUGCCAAAACUUUAUUUCGUCUUAUUUAUCAUAUAUUCUAUCUUCUUCUUGAUUUGGGUUUUUCUCUGCAUCAAACAGAGACCAACUGUAGAUAAGAUCCAUUUGAUAAUGGGUGCUUUGCUCAUUGUAAAGGGUCUUAAGAUAAUUUGUGCUUCUGAGGAUAAGUCAUAUGUAGGAAGAACAGGGACUCCUCAUGGUUGGGAUAUAGCCUUCUACAUCUUCAGCUUUCUUAAAGGUAUAAUGUUGUUUACUGUGAUUAUCUUAAUUGGCACUGGUUGGUCUUUCUUGAAACCUCAUCUUCAAGAUAGAGAAAAGAAGGUUCUUAUGUUUGUAAUUCCAUUGCAAGUUCUUGAGAAUAUAGCUUCAGUUGAGAUUGGGGAAACAAGUCCUGCAACUAAGGAUUGGUUGACAUGGAACCAAUUGUUCUUAUUGAUUGAUGUUAUAUGUUGUUUCGCGGUUUUCUUUCCGAUCAUCUGGUCGAUUCGGAGUCUUAGGGAAGCAUCAAAAACAGAUGGAAAGGCAGCAAGGAAUUUGGCUAAGCUCUCACUUUUCAAGCAGUUUUACAUUGUUGUUGUGAGUUAUUUAUACUUCACAAGGGUUGUGGCUACUGCAAUUGGGACUAUUAUUAAUUACAAAUUUGAAUGGGUUAUCACAGCAGCAAUGGAGGGUGCAAGUUUGGCUUUCUAUGCAUUUAUCUUUUAUAACUUUCAACCUAUUGAAAAGAAUCCAUAUUUUGUGAUUGAUCAUGAAGAAGAAGAAGCUGCAGCCCUUGCAUUGGAAAUUGAUGAUUCCUUUGAACUAUGA